AUGGCAGGGAAGAUGGAGCUGGCACCUCUCAGACCGUGGGAUGACUUCUACCCCGGAGUCGAUCGCUUUGGCAAACCUGAGUUUUCAGAUAUGACCAAAUGGAACAACCGAGUUAUCAGCAAUCUCAUGUACUACCAGACCAAUUACUUUGCUGCGGCCGUGGUGGUGUUCGUCAUUGUGGGUUUUCUGAAUCCACUGGGCAUGUUUCUGGGUGGAGCAGUGGUGACUCUGGUCUUCGGUGGAUCAGUUUGGGCUGGAGAGAACAAGCCCAUCAUCAAGAACUUCAAAAAGAAGAAUCCAACUCUGUUUGUAGUGGGAGUGAUGGCCACCAGCUACUUUGUGCUUUCUCUGUUUGGUGGAGUCCUCGUCUUCAUCUUUGGAAUAACAUUUCCUCUGCUGUUAAUUCUGAUCCACGCAUCACUGAGACUACGCAACAUGAAGAACCGCCUGGAGAACAAGAUGGAGGGUGUGGGAAUGAAGAAGACACCGAUGGGUAUGAUCAUGGAUCUACUGGACCAGCAGGAGGAGAAGAUCAACAAGAUUCAAGAUUUCAUCGAAGGCAAACUUAAGCAAUAA